UUCCUUUCUCGCGUAAAAAAUAAGGGACUCCCCAUAAGUAAAAGUAAAUCAAGCGACAAUGUAUUCAGCUCCAGGAGGGGAUAACCCAAACUAUCAAGCUUAUAGUAACCAAGCUUUUCAUCAGCCUAAUGCAGCUAGAUCUCCCCCGCCUCUUCAACAUCCUGUACCUCAGCAUCCUAUUCCUGACUUUGGACCUGCUGUCCAACAAACAGGAUCACCUUCUCCGAACCUACAGAAUGCCCAAUAUCAAUAUAACCAACCUUCAAUCUCUCAGCAAGCACAACAACAUUAUUCUAUGCAUCGACAGAAUAUGCCAUCCUACGAUGCUAGUGUAUACUCACCUCAACCUCAAGCUCAACAAGUGCCUUUGUCACAACAGCAACAACCACAUCAUAACUUCUAUUCGCAGUUUGGCUUCAACGAUCCUGCUGCUCAGAUGGGCAUGCAAUUUGCAGGAUCAGCUAUGGCGCAAGGUUCUGCUUAUGUCGAAAAGAAUUUCAAUAGAUGGGUCAAUAUGCCAGCGUUACGACACUAUUUCAAUGUGAGCAAUAGCUAUGUUAUGAGCAAAUUAAGGCUUUUAGUAUUUCCUUGGAGACAUGGAUCAUGGAAUCGUUUGAUAAUGAGAUCAGAAACUGGUCAAAUGGAAGGAUUCAAACCACCAAGAGAAGACAUCAACUCGCCUGAUUUAUACAUCCCAUUAAUGGCUGCAGUGACAAACGUUUUACUCUGUGGUUUGACUGCUGGUUUACGUAACAACUUCCAUCCUGAAUUACUAUAUAUUGCCGUCUCUACGUCAGCGGCAGUGGUAUUUUGGGAGAUAGUAUAUACCAGACUAGGUUGUUACUUUUUGAAUAUUCCCUUUGAAGCUUCUAUGCUGGAUUUAUUAUGUUAUUAUGGAUACAAAUUCGUUGGCAUUAUUGUAACGGACAUAUCAAAGCUGCUCCUGGGUAACAGUUACUUGCAUUGGUUUAUCUUUUUUUACACUGGCUUCUGUGUUUGUUUCUUUUUGCUUCGUUCAAUGAGAUAUGUUAUUUUACCUGAUGCAUCUGCUGGACCUUCAACCAUGAACCCUCAACGUAAAAGGCGCCUAUGGUUUUUGCUUACCAUUGCAGCUCUUCAAAUUGUGUAUAUGUUCUUCCUUACAAAUUAAAUUCCUUACUCGAGAAUAAAACUGACGUGUUUACUUUCUACAGCAAUGGGUAACUUUUCAAGUUUUCCACUUUGACUGUUUUAUUUAACGCGAUAUGGAUGUAGCGCAAAAACAAAGCAGUAACAGCGUGUUUUAUUUCAUAUGGUUCUGUUUUAAAAAAAAGGAG